AUGCCAAUUAGCGAGAUAUGCGUUCGUGGUUUUAUGGAGCUAACGGAUCUCUCUGUGCUGGCGGAAUCGCAGCACCUUCAACAUUUGACAGUCACCCAUUGUGGAAUACAGUCGGUUACUGACUUGGUGAGCUGUCCGAUGCUCACAGAACUCGAUGUCUCCCACAAUCAACACCUCCAGACUCUUUCAGGCCUCGCAAGCGCACCGCGCCUCAAAACUCUGAUCGCAAAGAUUUGUGAUAUACGAAACUUAGACGGUCCCGGCAACUUUCCCUUCCUCAGCACCCUUGACGUGUUGGGCAACAAAUAUUUAAAGAGCACUCGCAGCCUUGCUGGUGCGCCUUCACUUCGGAUCGUCAAAGCGGCGUUCUGUGCAUUACGGAACGUCGAUGGGUUGAACACCUGCCCGCUGCUCAGCGAGAUCGAUAUCUCCCAAAACAAAGCCUUGGAAGACGUGAGCGGUCUCGCUGGUGCGCCGAGCCUCGAGAAGCUUUCUGUGAGGGCCUGUAGAGGACUCCGCAGCAUCGAUGGGCUGAACAGCUGCCCGCUACUCCGCAAGGUCAUUAUCUCCGAAAACAGUGCCCUGGAAGACGUGAGCGGCCUCGCUGGUGCGCCGAGCCUCGAGGAGCUUACUCUGAACAACUGUGAAGAACUGCGCAUCGUCGAUGGACUGAACCGCUGCCCGCUACUCCGCAAGGUCAUUAUCUCCACAAACAGUGCCGUGGUGGACCUGAGUGGCCUCGCUGGUGCGCCGAGCCUCGAGAAGCUUUCUGUGAGGCCCUGUAGAGGACUCCGCAGCAUCGAUGGGCUGAACAGCUGCCCGCUACUCCGCGAGGUCGUUAUCUCCCAAAACAGUGCCCUGGUGGACCUGAGUGGCCUCGCUGGUGCUCCGUUGCGGAUCCUCGAACGCACGCAUUUUUUGUGUUGA